GCGAUACACUGUAAUUAUCAUCAUACUUAACUGGUUUCAAUCCACACAGGGUGGGGGGCAGCCUGCUCUACAAUACGUUGCUUGUGGCGUGAUUAGUUUUGUUGCUGUUCACUGUUUGUGGAAUGUAGAAGUAAAACAGGGUGACAACAAUCAGCCGAUGAGUGAAGUGUGGGAUUGGAACAUGUAUGGAACCAAACUGAAGUUUCAUGGAUGGUUUAUUAACACUGCCAAUGAGGAUGGUGACGGAGGUGAGGAUGGUGACGGAGGUGAGGAUGAUGCUUCAUUUGCCUCGGAGCAUUCCGAUGAUGAAGAUUUGACGGAGGUGUCAAUUUUACGUGCGGUGCAAGUGUUGGCCAUUCGUGCAAACUUUCGUAUUAGCCGUAUGGACGCCCAUGACUGGUACCAAAGUUUUGUCAUCUAUGUGGCGCUCGAGGGGGAAGUACAAGAGGAAGGAAAGGAUUUGGUACUCGCUGGACCAUGUGGGAUACUACAGGCUUACGGUGCCUUUUGCUUGGAGGUUUUCACAGAAGACCUGGUUUUCACAGAAGACGAUGAGGGGUCUUCUACUGAUGAUGAGGGGUCUUGGGGCGGUCAUUUCCGCCGAGGCUGGGAUGUUACUGAGCCUGAUGAAGUUGAGGAAUUCACACAAACCAUCUAUGGAGGCCUUGGCCGCAAGUUGGAGAUCACAUACUUGGUGAUUCCGGAAGCAGUUGAGACCUAUGUUGAGGUCAGGUUGAACCUCAAAGACUUCGGUUCGAGAAGCCGCUCUGUGUAUGGUAGCGUCAAGGCAAUUGCCAUUGACUAUGGGAGCAAAAGUGUCAAUCUCUUCAGUUUUGAACGAGGCAGUAGCUUGUCCCUGCCCUGUGGUUCCACGUGCAUUCUUCCACUGGGACCACACAUGAUUGCAUUGCCUUAUGAUAGCAAGUACAAACUCCACAUAGAGGUGGACCUAAGAGUAAUCACAACCUGUGACAGCCAAGAAGAGGACAAGAAUUUGAAAUUCUGUCUAGACUGCAGCCGUAGAAUUAGGAGUGAAGAAAGUCUAGAGUUACCCCGUAGAAUUAGGACUCAAAAAAGAGAAUUCGAUGGUGAUCAAGUUGAAGUGAAGGUCAUCUGGGUCCUAGAAAAAUUCUUCUAG